GUGAGCUGGGUUUAAAACAUUGUUUUCAUUGUUCGGGUUAUGCGCGUUUAUAUAAAAAUCAACACAUUUGUUCGAUCGUUUCGAAACAAAUUAACGGAUAUCAGUGUUUACUUAUCUUAAAAAUCUGUGCCAGAACUCAAUUCGUUAAUAUAAAGGCGCCAUGUUACGAAACAUCGGAAAUGUCGUCUGCUUCAUCAUCGUCCUCAUGACGUCACACCACGUGACCGGACAGGCGCAUGACGUGACACAGUUGAACAGAAGGCUGACGAUCCUCAAGAAUUCCGUUGAUCGCGAUAUCGUCGACAUCCGGCUCGAGAUCAUGGAUCUGAAGAUGACAGUCGAGCAAAUUGGAGUCGGUCAGAGAAACGCAAGCGAUGGAUCCAUUAUUGGCCAGGGAAUGACAGAUCUAAAUCAAAUGGAGAUUACAGAUCUCAAGAAUAAGUUGAGCGCACAUGAAAGCCGACUAAACAGAUUAUUUAGUACUGUCAACGAAAUUCAAGUGGAAAAUUCGGCACUUAAAAGUAAAGUCAACCAAGUGGUCGUAGAAAAGGAGAAUGAAGCAAAUGCUGAACUUCUCAGAUUGAACGCACGGAUUGAAACAAGAUUUGACGAUAAAUUCAUCGCUCUUCAAAAGAAGUUUGAAGAAACCGCAGCUGUGAUGAUGAAAGGUUACAAAGAAUUUAAGAGGCAGAUGCUCGAUGAAACAAAUACUUUUUCCCAGUCCGUGAUCUCCGAACAAAACAAACUGAGUACAAAGAUUGACAAGGCAGAUGCAAAGAUCGUUCGACUGGAUGGCGAAGUAAACAGACUCGAAGUCAAUGCAUUGGUCGAGAAAAAGGAAAAAAACGAAUUGAUCAAUAACUUAAAAGCUGAACUUCUCCAGUUGAACGCAGGCGUUGAAACGAAAUGCGACGAUAGAGUCAUCACUCUUCAAAAGAGGUUUGAAGAAACCACAGCGGUGAAUAUGGCAGGUUACAAAGAUCUGGAGACGCACAUCUCCGAUCAAAUGAAUAACUUUUCCCAGUCGCUGAUCUCCGAACAAAACAAAUUGAGUACAAAGAUUGACAAAACAGAUGCGAAGAUCGUUAAACUGGACGUUGAAGCGAAAAAGCUGGAUGGCUUUUCGAGAAUUAUUGAAGAACUGAUAACAACGAUUGAUUGUAAGGACCCAACACCAGACCAUGGAACAGUAAACACCACAGCAACAACGUAUGGAACUGUUGUUAAAGUAUCCUGCAAUCAUGGUUACGUACUGAGCGGAACGAACAUCAUAAAAUGCAAAGUUGACUCUUCCUGGUCUGAAUCAGCCACUUGUAUACCGUAUGAUUGUGGUGACCCAACACCAGACCAUGGAACAGUAAACACUACAGUAACAACGUAUGGAACUGUUGUUAAAAUAUCCUGCAAUCACGGUUAUGUACUGAGCGGAGAGAACAUCAUCAACUGCAACGCUGACUCUGACUGGUCUGCAUCAGCCACGUGUAACCCAUAUGAUUGUGGUGACCCAACACCAGACCAUGGAACAGUAAACACUACAGUAACAACGUAUGGAACUGUUGUUAAAAUAUCCUGCAAUCACGGUUAUGUACUGAGCGGAGAGAACAUCAUCAACUGCAACGCUGACUCUGACUGGUCUGCAUCAGCCACGUGUAACCCAUAUGAUUGUGGUGACCCAACACCAGACCAUGGAACAGUAAACACUACAGUAACAACGUAUGGAACUGUUGUUAAAAUAUCCUGCAAUCACGGUUAUGUACUGAGCGGAGAGAACAUCAUCAAAUGCAACGCUGACUCUGACUGGUCUGCAUCAGCCACUUGUAACCUGUAUGGUUGUGGUGACCCAACACCAGACCAUGGAACAGUAAACACUACAGUAACAACGUAUGGAACUGUUGUUAAAAUAUCCUGCAAUCACGGUUAUGUACUGAGCGGAGAGAACAUCAUCAAAUGCAACGCUGACUCUGACUGGUCUGCAUCAGCCACGUGUAACCCAUAUGAUUGUGGUGACCCAACACCAGACCAUGGUACAGUAAACACUACAGUAACAACGUAUGGAACUGUUGUUAAAAUAUCCUGCAAUCACGGUUAUGUACUGAGCGGAGAGAACAUCAUCAAAUGCAACGCUGACUCUGGCUGGUCUACAUCAGCCACUUGUAACCUGUAUGAUUGUGGUGACCCAACACCAGACCAUGGAACAGUAAACACUACAGUAACAACGUAUGGAACUGUUGUUAAAAUAUCCUGCAAUCACGGUUAUGUACUGAGCGGAGAGAACAUCAUCAAAUGCAACGCUGACUCUGACUGGUCUGCAUCAGCCACUUGUAACCUGUAUGAUUGUGGUGACCCAACACCAGACCAUGGAACAGUAAACACUACAGUAACAACGUAUGGAACUGUUGUUAAAAUAUCCUGCAAUCACGGUUAUGUACUGAGCGGAGAGAACAUCAUCAAAUGCAACGCUGACUCUGGAUGGUCUGCAUCAGCCACUUGUAACCCGUAUGAUUGUGGUGACCCAACACCAGACCAUGGAACAGUAAACACUACAGUAACAACGUAUGGAACUGUUGUUAAAAUAUCCUGCAAUCACGGUUAUGUACUGAGCGGAGAGAACAUCAUCAACUGCAACGCUGACUCUGACUGGUCUGCAUCAGCCACGUGUAACCCAUAUGAUUGUGGUGACCCAACACCAGACCAUGGAACAGUAAACACUACAGUAACAACGUAUGGAACUGUUGUUAAAAUAUCCUGCAAUCACGGUUAUGUACUGAGCGGAGAGAACAUCAUCAACUGCAACGCUGACUCUGACUGGUCUGCAUCAGCCACGUGUAACCCAUAUGAUUGUGGUGACCCAACACCAGACCAUGGAACAGUAAACACUACAGUAACAACGUAUGGAACUGUUGUUAAAAUAUCCUGCAAUCACGGUUAUGUACUGAGCGGAGAGAAUAUCAUCAAAUGCAACGCUGACUCUGACUGGUCUGCAUCAGCCACUUGUAACCUGUAUGGUUGUGGUGACCCAACACCAGACCAUGGAACAGUAAACACUACAGUAACAACGUAUGGAACUGUUGUUAAAAUAUCCUGCAAUCACGGUUAUGUACUGAGCGGAGAGAACAUCAUCAAAUGCAACGCUGACUCUGACUGGUCUGCAUCAGCCACGUGUAACCCAUAUGAUUGUGGUGACCCAACACCAGACCAUGGAACAGUAAACACUACAGUAACAACGUAUGGAACUGUUGUUAAAAUAUCCUGCAAUCACGGUUAUGUACUGAGCGGAGAGAACAUCAUCAAAUGCAACGCUGACUCUGGCUGGUCUGCAUCAGCCACUUGUAACCUGUAUGAUUGUGGUGACCCAACACCAGACCAUGGAACAGUAAACACUACAGUAACAACGUAUGGAACUGUUGUUAAAAUAUCCUGCAAUCACGGUUAUGUACUGAGCGGAGAGAACAUCAUCAAAUGCAACGCUGACUCUGAAUGGUCUGCAUCAGCCACUUGUAACCCGUAUGAUUGUGGUGACCCAACACCAGACCAUGGGACAGUAAACACUACAGUAACAACGUAUGGAACUGUUGUUAAAAUAUCCUGCAAUCACGGUUAUGUACUGAGCGGAGAGAACAUCAUCAAAUGCAACGCUGACUCUGACUGGUCUGCAUCAGCCACGUGUAACCCAUAUGAUUGUGGUGACCCAACACCAGACCAUGGAACAGUAAACACUACAGUAACAACGUAUGGAACUGUUGUUAAAAUAUCCUGCAAUCACGGUUAUGAACUGAGCGGAGAGAACAUCAUCAAAUGCAACGCUGACUCUGACUGGUCUGCAUCAGCCACGUGUAACCCAUAUGAUUGUGGUGACCCAACACCAGACCAUGGAACAGUAAACACUACAGUAACAACGUAUGGAACUGUUGUUAAAAUAUCCUGCAAUCACGGUUAUGUACUGAGCGGAGAGAACAUCAUCAAAUGCAACGCUGACUCUGGCUGGUCUGCCUCAGCCACUUGUAACCUGUAUGACUCAGCGGGUCGCCAGUUCAUAUUCGGAAUCCCACAAACAGUUCCUCGUUCGCCCGAUUAUAUCAAACUGUACAUUGCAAGCAAGCACGUCUCCAAGGUCUACAUCACAGCGCCAGGAAUAGGUUUCAACCAAACUAUAACAACACUUGCUAACACCUCCACCGCAGUAGUUCUUCCUGGCAGCCUUGCAACCACACCUGGUUUGUCUAACAAAGCUGUAUAUGUUGAGGCGGAUCAAACCAUAUCAAUCUAUGUCAUGGUUAGAGAGCGCUAUUCCUCAGGUGGAUUUCUACUUUUACCAAUCUCUGCUGACGCACGGGAAUUUGUCGUUGCUUCAUACGAACCAAGAUGGUCUAACGAACCAAGUGAAUUUUUAAUCAUUGCAUUAGAAGACAGCACUUUGAUUGACAUUCAACUGAUAACACCUGAUGAACCCGUCAUGAUAGGAGGAGAAAGCUACAGCAGCCGACAAAAUGUUUCACUUAAAAUGAGUAGAAUGCAAACGUACUUGGUUCAACACGACCAUGACUUGACAGGUACACACAUCACUAGUUCCAAGCCUGUUUCUGUUUUUUAG